AUCACCAGAUUCGGCCGCCUUAGCAUCGCCACUCUUGAUGCGAUCAACAGAAACUCGGCCACUUCCACACAAUCAGAUGCUUUGCAAUGGCGCUAGGAGGGAUCCCAGCUACGUAAUAAUGGAUGUCUUGCGCAAGCUUAGUCCCCAUACGCAAGAAACCACUUAAACCCCGAAUUCCUCACCCAGCUUACCUAUCCCCCUCCACGAACCUUAAUCAUCACGUCCUCCGUUAUUUUCUUGACAAUAUUCGUAUAAUCCUAGGUAACUAUGGGUGCCAAGUCAGGAACCGCUCUCAAGUUCCUUCAAUGGUUCAUUCGUGGCAUUCAAUUUGCCUGUGCAGCCCUCAUCCUUGCCAUUUACUCCUACUUCUUAGCCACGCUUCAUAACCACAACCUUCACAUCAGUGAUACCAUCCGCGCCGUGGAGGGAAUCUCUGGCGUAGCUGUUCUCUACACUGCUGCAGCUCUGGUACUUGUCUGCUGUCUCGCUGGUCGUACACUUUCUUCUCUCUUGGCCAUCAUACUGGAUGUCGCUUUCAUCGGUGCAUUCAUCUAUGUUGCUGUUGCCAACAAGGGUGGUGCCAGCAGCUGCACUGGCUAUCUAGACACUCCAUUUGGUAAAGGAAAGGCAGGAAACACUGCUGAGGGAAGUGAUGGAUUCACUGCUUUGCCGAGCUACCGCACGGCCUGCAAGCUCCAGUCUGCUUGUCUAGCUGUUUCUAUCAUUGCCAUUAUCUUCUUCAUAUUCUCCAUUCUGAUGGAGGUUGCCCUUGCUCGCCACCACCGUAAGGAGAAGCGCUUCGGCCCCAGUCCUGCUAAUGAUUACACCUCGGGCUAUGGUGCCAAGGGUGGAUUCCUGGGCCGUAUUUUCCGUCGUCGCAAGGCUGCCGCCGCCGAAGAAGGUCAUGACUUGCCGGAACAUACUCACCCUGAUCAGCUCGAUGCAUAUCGUCAGAGCCACGCCACAGAUCGCACCGCCGUCAACAACUAUCCUGACAAUACCUACAACAAGUACGAUAACACCGGCUUCAGUUAUCAAGACCCCAAGUAUGGGCGCCAGGACGGUUAUGGUCAGAUUCACUACCCUGAGCCUGAGUAUGGUGUCACUCAACCGCCCGCUCGCCAGACUGAGAAUACAAACUAUCGCUAUGAAGACGGUGUUUACGAUCGAACUUAAGUUGGAACGAAAGAAACUAGAAAUCCCAAUUGGAAAACUGCACAGAAUGAUACCCGGAAUGUUGCUCCCGGCAAAAAUAACAUGUCGCUGAUGAACAUUUACAUACGGCUUGACUAGCCCGCCUAAUGAUUAAUUAUAUGCAUUUUGAUCCUUUCAAAGCCGGGAUAAUAGUGACGGGCCGCUUUCCCACUGGUGAACGUACAAGUCAAAGCUGGGCUGCUCACAUUUUCUUCCUGCCUUGAACUCAAAUCUCUUAGUUUAUUUUGUCUCCAGGGUCUUUCGCCGCUUGAACUACUUUAUACUCAUCUGACAGGCUGGUGCCUUCGCUUUAAUCCCUUCCAUGUCCAUAUCAUCGCAGAGCCAAGCCUCAAUGUGAAUCAGGGAGGUUGAACUGUUACAUCCCAGACCAAAAAGCUGAUAUAACGGGAAACUCACAAACUACGGGUCUUUACGGAAACUAAACAAACAGCUCGCUGUUUGUCAAUCGCCAUACCAACCAAAAGCGCCCAAGCAAGAACACCUUUGUGUAACAGUGGAGGCUUACCAGACCUCACCCGGCUCUAGUUCGCUCAUGCCAUCGUCGCCUCCCCCAUCCGUCCAAUUCAACUCCAGCUUCUCAAGUUCUCUAGAGAAAAAGUCCUGCUCGUCUCGCAUAGCAGCUCUGAUAUCUGGUGCAAUCUUGUCUGGGUACCGACGAAGGUUAAGCCAGUGCGUUAGGCUGCGCAAUGCUUGUUCUAGGGGGAGCGCUGCGUCGACUUCGGCAUCCACGUCACUUCCCGCAAGCCAUUCGUCCUUCAGCUCCGGUCGACAGUGCAGAUAUAUCGCCGUGAUCACCCGCAUGUUGCUCUGGCGCCACUUACGGCCGCAGUAGGGAACUUGGUUCUUGAACAAUUUAAGUGUGUAAAGACGUAAUUCUGGUUGAGGUACCUUGAGAGACUUCCUAAGUAUUGUUGACGACUUGUAUUGGACAAGCAGCAAGUUUCGGUGUGCUUUGUUUUUGCAAAUCUUUUGCAUCACUCUCAAGUAAUUAAUGAGGGAGAAGAAGUUGCGGCGCGAGAAGUCCGUGAUAGGCUCUGUCGGUUGUUGAUUAAGGGGAUAGCCAAGCUCGUCUACUUCGGGUCUCGUUGAAGAAGCGUGGUCAUCGCUGUUGGAAUCUGUGUCAUCGUCGUUUUGCGCAGUUGGUGAUCGUCUUCUCCUAAUUGGCGGGGGUGCAGCCUCGUCUUCACUCUCUUCUAUCUCUUCGUCAUCCCCUUCAUCUUCUUCCUGCACCGAGUCUGCAGCUGCCUUAUCUCUAGAUUGCGACAACAGGUUACAGAAAUGGAAGAAACUAUGAAUAUUAGUAGACUGGUUCUCAACUCCUAAGCAUUACGUCAUACCUAUUUUCAGCGCGGUCCAUUUUGCUAUCGACCACUUGCUGGACAUCUUGAUGAGCAAAGAGCUUGAGGACGAGAGGGACGUAGUUAGAGUCCAGUAGAAGUUGCGUCAUAUACUCAAAUUUGAGGACAUCUAUUUGAUAUCAGUAAAGAAGACAAUCGAAUAGACUUUGUCAACAUACGAGAAACUCUCAGCCAUUUCAAAAGGAGUAUGAGAAUACCAGUCAUGGCUUUGGAUGUGAUUUCCCGAGUCCUGGCGGCGUCGACUUCUUCUAGCGAUAAUUCAGGUGUUGGUGGUUUGGGGAGGCUUUGUCCGGGCAACUCCUGCUGCUGUCUGUUCGCCGAAGGACCGCCGUUCAUGCCAGGAUUGUUACCUCUACCCAUUCCUGGCGGUGCUUGUUGAGGCUGCUGUGCGACGAUUGCUGUCACGUUAAGAAGAAUCGGCCGCAGCAGCACUAUCACAAGCGAUUGGAGGUGAGGCAGAGCAUCACGCUAAACGUCGUUAACAUCUUCCCCAUUUUCAUGGUUCGUUUUUACCACCCACAUAGAACUUUUCAACAGCAGCAAGCCGUUGCUUGUCUCGUUCAGACAACAGCUCUGGUCGAGGACCAUAGUCAAUCUCCGAUUCAGGAGCGACGGGAUGCUUUCUCUUCUCCUCUGCUUUUGUCUGCGCUUUUACCGCCUUCAGAAUCUCUUGCUCUUCUGCCGAAAGCUCAUUAAGGUCUAGACCCUCAAUCUCAUCGUCAUCAUCAUUGUGGUCACUAUUAUAACCACGCUCAAACUUGAGAAAUCGCUCGCGCUCUUCCCAAAGCUGGCGAGUCGCUCGCGUCAUCCUGACUCGUUUAGAGAAUAACUCUCCAGCUUCUAGGAUGGAAGCGGGAAUAUCGCUUCCUUCCCACUUUCGGCCUACCAGAGCAUGUUGGAGACCGGAAGGGCCUUUCCCACCAGCAAAGUUGCUCGACGCAUCUAAGGGAGGGUACAUGAAUGGGAAAUUCUGGUUUGUUUGAUAGUUCUGUUUCUUGCCUCCCUUUCCGUUAACCGCUGGAGAAGGGGGUGGUGAUGGCGCCGGGGUUGCAAUGUGUACUGGUUGGUCAAGAAUUGAGGUUCCUCCACUGUGAACCUGGGGUGGCGUGGGAAUGAUACCGUUAGCACCGUUGUUCCUGGAAACUUGACUGGAGAGAGGGGGUAAUAAAGACGUGUUAUCUGCCUCAAGUGGAAUGGCUGGUCGCGGAGGUACAUAUGCUGGGUAUUUUGAGGUAAUCUCUUGUCGGAAAACGUGAUAAUCCAGGGGUGAAGCAGUGAUGGUCUUCUUAUCAGCUGCUUUGUCUCCCAUCUCAUUAGUAGCGUCUUUGAUAGCUUCGAGCUCUUUGGUUCCACCAAAAACAAGUAGAAUCGAUUUCCAAAACAGUAGAAGUAUCUGUUGAAGAAUGAGCAUCACGGUGUGAAACACGACUGCUCAACAUACC